UCCUCACAAACGUCAGUUCACUUCAGAGGUUUCACUUUGAGCACCCUCAGCAUCUGCACGCGAAAUAAUGGAUGACUACCCAACUGAGUUCAACGGUCAGCUUGGGGCGAUGGACGGGCCUCAUUCUCAGGAAUGCGUCUCCGAGUUGCAUGAUGUUGCCGAAACGCUGAAACAACGACUAUUGGAGGCCAGAAAUUAUGCUGAAGAGGAGUUGAGAAUGAAAGCACUUGACAAGUUAUUAAACCAGGUCUUACUCGGCGCCGGUGCUACCGCAUACAUAAAUAAAUUCGCUACCUCGCAGCCCGUAUUUCGCUUAUACCCCAGCCAUACAACCCUUGUGGCCGGGGUCAACGACGUCUUCCGCACCAUCAGCAACGGCACGUUCACGAGUGGAACAUUUCUUUCAGUCUUCGCAGCGCCUUCAUUCCCAUUUUUGGUUUUACAAGGCGUGAUAGACGCGUGUCUCUCCGUCCCCCCUUUCGUUGUCGCUGCCGCUAUCUUCGGGAAGUGGGCUCUAGGUCACUUCGCCAUGAGUGCGAACGAGGACCGCGGUGCGCAAGUGAGGCCUUUGCGCAGCUGGCCUAAACAUGUGCAAGCUCGUAUCUUGUCGUGGUUAUUUGCGUUGCAUACUAUACUCGCUCUGUCCCAAAUCCUCUACUGCAUAUGUUGGCUCGCGCCACGGCAUCCACUCGUGGUAACUUGUGCCGUUAUGGUUUUUUUUCUUGGUGGCUGGACCUUAUAUGUUGUAUGCAUAACAAACAGCAGAAACUCAUGACAUUCUACCUUUUAUUGCAUGGUAACUUAUCACUAAUUAUAUCACUUAGAACAGGCUGUGCUUCCUCUUUCUGCGAGGAACUCUAUGAAACAAGACCGUCCAUCAAUCUUACCAUUCAAGGAUGAGCUACCCGCGCUCG